AUGAACGAACCUGAACCUUUGUACAUUCAGUAUGAUGCGGAACCACUUGAAGUCGACCCAACUGGAUGCAAAACAGUCGCUGCGUUGAUUAAGAAAGCCAAGAAGGAGUUCUCACCUCAACUCGACACUUUUUCACUCGCCAAGUUGACGCUCCAUCGCUACACUGGCACCAAACUCAAAGGCGACAUGAAAAUCAAUGCUCUCAUCAAGGCGAGUGAAUUUUUUAACAACUACGACAAUCCACUUCUCAUCAGAUACGCUGAUGCUCUCCUUCCAGUCAUCAAGAAGCCAAAGACUUCUCAUCAUUCUGAAGAAAGAAAGAAAAGAUGGGAAGAACUUAAUCCCAUUCUUAUUCAGGCUGAAAUCGAUGCAGCGGCGAAGAGUGGAAAGAAGAAUCUCAAAGAAAGUUCUGCGUAUUCAUCUUUGAAUUGGAGUCUCAUUUCUCCCAUAUAUGAACACAUUAUGCAUCAGUAUACUCAAACUGUCAAAGAAGUUCCUCAAGAGACCAUGGAACUGCUGCACAAUUAUCUCGUUACUCUCACAAGACGUUUGAGUUCGGUCACUACUGGUAAAGAAUCACAACGCCUGCACUUUAUUGCUCCCAUUCUCGUCUAUGUUUCUGACCUAUUUGGACCAGAAGACUCAAUUCAGAUUGUUGUCGAAGAAGAUUUGAAUGGUGUGAAUGUCAAAGCCAAUGGACAUUUCGAAUUCAUGCUCAAACGCAACAACAAAAGAGUAUGUAUCGUUGAAGCGAAGAAGGAUGAUAUGGAGCAGGGAAUGGUUCAGGAUUUAGUUGGAAUGGAAGUUGCGUCUGAUUUGGAUGGGUUGGAUACUGUCUAUGGGAUAGUCACAAAUUAUGUUGAAUGGAUUUUCUUGAAAAGCCAGAACGAUAAAAUCGAAAAGAAUAUGGAUACGUUGACAUUCGAAUUAGAAGUUGCCACUCUUGAAUCAUUGAAAAGAAUCGCUGGAAAGAUUUAUGCUUUGCUUUCAGAUGAAUGA